AUGAUCCUCAAACCAAAAUCAACAGCCAACUCUAUCUGGGAAGCCAUUGAAGCCCUUUUUAGAGACAAUAAACACUUGAAAGCAAUUGAAUUGAACAAUGAGUUGUGUACUCUAGUCCAAGGCGACCGCUCUAUACCCGAAUACUGCCAGAAAAUCAAAGUUAUUUCUGAUCUCCUAGACAACAUUGAUGCACCAGUCCCUGAAAAGACACUAGUUUCAUACCUGCUCAACGGUUUAAACCCGAAGUUUGAAAGUGUUUCCAUGCUCAUCUGUCACAAAGAUCCCCCACUUUCAUUCCUUGAAGCACGCUCAACUCUUGUUUCUGAAGAGUUCCAUGUCAACAGGAACCACACCCUGACACCCUCACCUCAUUAUGAUCAUGGAUCCUAUCCUACAGUUCUCGUCGCCAACAGCAACAAGCCCGACAACAGGCGGUCUCAGCACAACAGAUCCUCCUCCAAUCGGCGCAACAUUGACUCCUCCAACCGUCGAUCAGCGCCGUCUUCCUCGUCGUAG